GGGGGAAACUGUAUGGAAGGAGAAUGCGCAUUACCUCUGCAAUAUCAGAGACCCAGCUGUUAGACUGAGAGAGAGAAAGAGCUGGAGAGAAAGAUAGAGAGAGGGAUUCUGUGCAAAGGGAGAUGUGUGGGACACUGUGAUGCACUGUUCUGUACUGACGUGACAGAGUGGGCGACUGAAGAUGUACUGUUUACAUUAAAGGAUUAAAACAAAAUGCAACUGGAUUGAAGAUGUUUGGCUGAUACCCCGAUGACGUCUUUACCAUGACGUAUUGGAACCCGCUGUCUCACGGUCCCCGAUGUGUGGAUCCUAGCACUGGGCUGCUAAUCUGAACUGGCGACACAGACAGAAUGGACAGCCCUCCCAAACUGUCAGGGGAGACCCUAAUCGUUCAUCACAUCCCUCUGGUGCAUUGCCAGGUCCCGGACAGGCAGUGCUGCGGCUCUGUCACGCGGGCUAGCCCCUUCUGCCAAUCUGAUCUGGGGCUGACCCGGACCACCUCCCUGCCUGAGCAGGAUGUCCAGCAGAAGGAGGCGCUGGUUUACAGCAGCCUUAUCCAGACCUCCAGCGGCAGGGGCAGUGUUGUCAGCAACUCCUUUUCUUUCUCCUCCUCCAAUAACUCAGAGGAACUGCCCUCUCAGUCCAAGAGCAGGGACCCAGUUGCCAAAGCCAACCAACAACGGCACAACCCCUUUCUCCUGAACUCCGAGGAAGAAGUACAAGACAACAGUCUGGAUGGCUACCUGGAGGACUCUUCCUUCCAUCUUCACGGUAACAGCAACACCCACACGGGCAAGCAGUCUUCCUUCCAUCUGUAUGACCUCACAUUUGCUCCAGAGCCUUUCCUAUUGCACGACGGAGUUGGGUUAGUGCACAAGACCUGGAAUGGUGUGGCUGGCAGACCGAUCAUAGCUGAGGGGCAGGAAGUUGGUGAGACCAACCACGAUGCCAACGAUGUCACCGCUGGUUCUAAAAAUACAGAACGACUGCCAGAGUGCCUGGAUAUUAUGGGAUACGACUGCCAACAACGGCACGGCAGCAGCGGCUCCACGCUGUCCAUGGACUGUGGGGAGCAGGAGUGGAACGCCAGCCCUCCCGAUGAUGAGGACCAGCUGAGGAACGGGGAGCGGAGCCAGGCCUGCAGCUGCUGCUCCAGCUCAGACUUCCCUCUGGCAUCUUCCUCCCAACGCUGCCAUUGCUGCUUCUACAGCUUCUCUGACCCCUCGGAGAUGACGGACCAGCAGAUGGGCUACAUCAGCGACUCCUCCUGCAACAGUUCAGAUGGGGUGUUGGUCAACUUCAGCGCCAUCUACAACAAGAUGAACAACGGUGGGCCUUCCAAGUCCCUCAACCUGAACUCCGGGGACCAGUCCUGCACUUCCUCUAUUUGCAGCCACUUGGAAGCUGGGGGAGCCUUCUACCUGGACCUGCACACCUCCCCUACCGAACCCAAGGAAGACUCCUCCCAGGAGCAAGGCAGCAAGACCUGCAGCUGCUGUCACAAACACCAACAGCAGCAGCAGAGUCCACAGGGUCUGGAUGCCAACUGCAACUCCUACCACCUCCACUGUGGCGGCGGGCCCUGCCUAUCCGAAGGCUCGGACCUCACCUCCUGCUUCCAGAGCCAAGCUCGCUUGGUGGUGGCCACCCAGAACUACUACAAGCUGGUGACCUGCGACCUGUCUUCCCAGUCCUCCCCGAGCCCUGCUGGGUCUUCCAUCACCAGCUGCUCGGAGGAGCACACCAAGAGCAGCCCCAGCCAGCCCACAGAGUACUACCUCUUCCAGAAGCCGGAGGACAACCAAGAGGUGAUGAAAGAAGAGCAGCCGGAGAAAGAGGUGGAGGAAGAGGAACACACGCAGGGCUCAGAAAUGUCUAGGAAUGUCAUUGAGGGUCAAGUCUAUGUCAACAUCUCUCCUCCCAACAUGAGCAGCGGGAGGACACGGUCCAGGAGCUACGACCGCAACCUGGACAGGUCUCCCUCCUCUCGACUGGGCACUCUGGAACGCAUGCUGAGCUGCCCGGUCAAGCUCAGUGAGAGUGCCUCACACUGCUCCUCCUCGCACCGCUCCUCCCCUCCCCGUCGCGUCACCUCUUUCGCAGAGAUCGCCCGCAGCAAGAAGAAGAGCAGCAGUGUGGGAGGGGGCUCCCCGCCUCUGAGGACCAGCACAGACUCCUCUGCAUCCUUGGAGUUCUCCCCAGUCGGCGAGCUCCAUCUCCCCCACCACAGUGGGGAGAGCCACAGCUUGCCGCCCAUGCCCUUUGUGCGCUACAACCAGGGCAGCUAUGACCUCAUAACCUCCACCGGGGGAGGAAACCCCCUUCAACAGGGGCCCCCUAGACCCCUAUGUGAUGCCCCCAGAUCUGCCAGGGAGACCCGGACUAAAGCAGAAGGAGGUGCCUCGGAAGGCAACCCAGUAAUGCGCUACAGCAAAGAGCAGCGCCCCACCACCCUGCCCAUACAGCCCUUUGUGUUCCAGCACCAGCUCAGCAAGCAGCCCUCCAAGCUGCGACCCCUCCUCAGCGACUACGUCAGCCAGAUGUACAGCCGUCCCAGCGGGCAGCCUGCCAGGGACAGGGGCUCGCAGAGGGAGGAAGAGCACAGGACGAGGAUAAUGGCCCCCGAGACGGUGCGCCCAUCCCCACUGGGCAGCUACUCCCCAGUGCGCAACUGGGCCCUCAGCUCGGAAACCUGCUCCACCUGCACCCCCACUCCAGACAGGGGGCUAUCCUCGAGCCAGCCCCGUCGCAGCCGCUCCUGCCCGCUGUCCGCCGGCCUCCUCCCCGUCCGGCCAAGCACCGGCACGGUGCAGCCUGCCAUGGCCAGCCAAACCAGAGACCAAAGCUGGGAGGGGCCAAAGCAGCAGCAGCAGCAGCAGCAGCAGGAGGAGGCAACCCAGCCCUUGAGCAAAGACACAGCCCUCUCCGGAUACUGCCUCCAUCGCAACUCACUCCCGACGCUGUCUACCGACGGGUGCAGCCCGCUGGGUCACCUGGAGCCACAGCAGAGGAGCAGAAGCAGCGAUGGGGUCCAGGCAAGCAACGUGCUGAGCAAUGAACCGACCCGGACACCCAACGCUCACCACCUGGCAGCUCACCACCUGUCACUGCAGGCCCUGAAGUGGCGUGAGUACCGUCGUAAGAACCCGCUGGGAUUGGAGCGAGCGCUGGCGGCCCAGCUGGCAGGCAGUUUGGACACCAGGAAGCCAGAUAGUAGACUGGCCCGUCGAAACGUGUUUGAUUUCCCUGCCUCAGCCAUCCACAGCCACUCCAGACUGAAUGGUCACUCAGUGAAGCAGCUGCAGAACUACUGCAGCGAUUUCUUUCCAGACUACUUCUCCCUGGCAGAGAAACCUCCGGACGAGUUCUGUCUGUCCCCCGACGCCACCACCAAGUCCAUCUCCAUAGACCUCCUGCAGAAGAAAUGUCUGGUAAAGGCUAUUAACACUGCAGUGGAUCUGAUCGUGGCCCAUUUUGGAACCAGCCGGGAUCCUGGAGUAAAGGCUAAGCUGGGGAACAGCUCGGUGAGCCCCAAUGUGGGCCACCUGAUCCUGAAGUACCUGUGCCCUGCCCUCCGAGAGGUCCUGCUGGACGGGCUCAAAGCUUACGUCCUGGACAUGAUCAUUGGGCAACGCAGGAACAUGCCCUGGAGCCUGGUGGAGGCCUCAACGCAGCUCGGACCCUCCACCAAAGUGCUGCACAGUCUGCACAGUAAGAUCAGCCAGUACUCAGAGCUGACCAAUCACAGCAUGCGGUUUAACGCUUUCAUCUUCGGACUCCUCAAUAUCAGGUCUUUGGAGUUCUGGUUCAAUCACCUGUAUACGCACGAAGACAUUGUGGCAGCACACUACCACCCGUGGGGUUUCCUGCCCCUGUCUCAGGGGGUGUGCCAGCCUCUGUUCGAGGACCUGCUCCUUCUGCUGCAGCCCCUGUCCCUGCUACCCUUCGACCUGGACCUGCUCUUUGAGCACCGGCUGCUGCAGAAGGGCCAUGAGCAGCUCCGGCGCAAAGAGCAGCUGUGCUCAGCCGGCCAAGGCCUGGAGCAGUCAGUCCGCUCCACCUUCCAGCUCAUGAGGGGCUGGGGGGCAGGCUCGGCCAGAGAGGGGGCCCUCGAGUCCCGGAGAGAAGGGGCGGGGAGCGAGAGCGCAGGCCUGAGGGCAGAGCUGAAAGACACGGAGGCCUUACCUAGCAGGAUAGAGAGAGAAAAGAGGAAAGGGUUCACAGCGACGGGAGAGGAGUCUUUGAGGGAUCCUGGGGCAAGUUGUAAAGGGGAUGGGCAGCCGAAGGCAGUGGGAGAGAGGCCGAAGGCAGCCGGCAGAGAGUCGUGGUGGGAAAGAGAGGAAGGUGAGCGUGAGAGGAGGAAGGAGAAUGAGACAGAGCAGCAGCAGAUGCCCGAGGGGGUGAGGCAGAAGGACAGACAGGCAGGAUGGUGGUACCAGCUAAUGCAGAGCUCCCAGGUGUACAUUGAGAACUCCAAUGAGGGCUCAAAGUUCAUCAAGUGUGAGAAGAGAAAGAAGCCCGCUGGAGAGGCCAAUGGCGGCCACCACCAGGGUUGCAACACCAAGCUGGGAGGAGGGAGGGGAGCCGCGUUGGAUUCGGGAGGCAGGCAGGCACGACCACCGCCCAGAGAGGGAGUGGUGGAGGGGGCCGAGGCUAUACAGGAGGCAAGGAAGGAGCUGAGCUCCGAGGAGAAAGGGAAGCCGUCGUGGAUGGGUAGCCCUCCGGAGUCAGUGCUCCAUGAGCUGAAGCAGAGCAAGGACAAGGAGUCAGAGAAGCAGGCUGCAGAGAAGAACGCCCCCCAGGGGCAGGAGAGCCCAGAGGGACUGCAGGGGCUGCGCUGGGGGAGGCUCUUCGGGGCUGGAGUCGGAUCUCCAGUCAAGACACAGAGAACAGAACAGCGGCCAGCCAGGACACAGAAGAGCAGGUUGCCGUCGGGGUGGCUCAGUCUGGAUAAGUCAGUAUUGGACCUGAUGGCACAGACAGUGGGGGUGGGGAAACGCAAGGACACGCCCCCUUUGGAACAAUCCUCACCCCCAGUAGUGGAACAGGGCCCAGAGCAACAACAGGAAGCACAGGUUCCCAAGCAACAAGCUCCAUGGGAGGUGAGGGCCCUGUGUCACCACAUCGCCACCGAGCCGGGUCAGCUGAGCUUCAACAAGGGGGACGUGCUGAGAGUGCUGGGCCGAGCUGAACCCGAGUGGCUGCACUGCAUGCUGGGGGAGCUCUCUGGACUCGUUCCCAUCAUCUACGUCACCCUGCCUGAGCGGGACAGCAACUGAACUGCAGAGCCUGGGGGGGACGACAACCACUACAGCAGAGAGAGCCGAGGCUCUCUGCAUUGCCAAUCCAAAACUGCCCACUUCAUUGUUCUUCAGCCACCAUUAAAUACUUCAAUACAUGCACAGCUA